UUGCGAUCUUACGGUCCACGGAACGCCAUGGCCAUGCGUCUUAUCGCGAGCGUGGUGCUCUACGCGGCAGCAGCAGCAUCUGCCCACACGUCGCUGCGCGUUUUGUGGCCGCCGCCGAACUACCUCGUCGCGACGCCCAACGUGCCGAUCGCUAUCGCUGUCACUGGCCCGACGACCGAUGGGCACAUUCGCUUGACAGGGCACAAGCUGCGGACAACAUUUGCCAUGCAGGCGCCCGGAGCUGUCAUUGGAAACAUCUACCUGGGGUCGCAUCAUGUGUUGGUCGAGGCCCUUAGCGCCAACUUUACACGAAUCAGCGCACCCAUUGUGCUCUACAUUGAGCGCAUCCCGUCCCGAGUCGAGCUGUUCCGAGACUCGGGACGAUCCAAGAUGGCGCUGGUGGCGCUGCCGGCGGCCAAGGCGGCGCGCCCUACGACACGGACGCUCUGUUUCGGAGGGGCGUCGUCGCCAAUGGACGGGCAAAAGCGGCUUUGGCUGCGUCUUCUUGCGUCGCUUCGAAGGCAUCCCACCGUCGACUACUCGUUCCACGUCUUCCUGCUCGAGCCCAAACCAGUGCAUCCCACAGACGUCUUUACAGCCCACGGCUGGAACGUGACGUAUGUACCCAUGAUGGUCUUACGCAAAGACAUUGCCCGGUAUGACAUCACACACGAGAAAAUGAUGGCGGCGCUGGCCGACUUUGGACAAGCCGACGAUCGAACGACGUUUCCGUCGUACGUCCAUUCGCUCUGGGCAUCGCUCGCUGAAGCCUUUGCGCCGUGUAAAGGCGGGGUCCUUAGCUACCCCAACUCGGCCAGCGACGUCGAUCGAGUCUGGGCGGCUGUGGGGCGCGCUGUCGGCGCUGCAGGUGUCGUUCUCGAACUCUCGGGGGUUAUGCCCAUGCCACACUCUGUCGAUCUGCUCGUCGGGCCGUCCCAGUACACCGUCGACCACCCCAGUGUCUCACAAGUCAUGCGCGCCGGCAUUCGAACCGUGAUUCCGCCCGGCGUCGAUCAUGCAAUUUUUGCUUCCCGUGCUCGCAGUCCAAAUCCCUGUGUCGUCGUGGGAUAUCUCGGUCGCAUUGUUGCCGAAAAGUCCCUUGGGCUCCUCGCACGCGCCGUCGAGCUCCUUCUGCAGACCAACAUGACUGCUUCGUGCGUCACCUUUCGCUGGGUUGGGGACGGCGGCGAUGCCAAGUAUUACAAGCGCUACCCGAUCACACUUCUUGGAAGCAUCGACGACGAGGCAGCACUCGUCCACGAGCUCCAGACAUGGGACAUGGCCGUGCAGCCCGGCCUCCAAGAAACAUUUUGCAUUGCCAACUUGGAAGUCAUGGCCAUGGGGCUACCACUCGUGACCUUUGGCGUCGCUGGCGUCGCCGAGUACGUUCGCCACAUGGAGAAUGCGUGGGUCGUCGAUGAGAUAUCGCCGCCAGCAUUGGCCUCGGCGAUCGCGCUUCUGGUGGAUGAUCCGACGUUGCGACGUCGACUGGGCCAUGGCGCGCGACGCACCAUUGAGACGCGGUACACCUGGGCCCACACGGUGGCCGCGUACGACGAGGCGUACGGUCGUCUGAUUGGUCAUGCCACGUACAAGCCCUGACCCGUUUCUAUAAGCGGGUGUCGACCGUGUGCUGGCGCAGCGCUAACUCUAAUUUCAACGUGGACGCAUGUAAGUGGCAUA